UUAAAUAUGGAAGGUUCAGGCGAAUUUAUAGAGAAAUUCAUUGAAAAGCCACCUGUGCAUGAUCAUCAGCCGCGCCUGAAUGAGGUGGCUCAAAAGUUUUUGGCCGACUUAGAUGAGGAGCGUCAGCGUUUGUCCGCCGAAUUUCCCUUAUGUGCUCUGCUAAUCGACGAAGCCGUGGACCGUGUUUACUGCACAGGUCGCAUUCCUGGCAAAGAAUUCUAUGCCGAUGUGUACAAGCAGAAGCCAAUGAAAAUCACACAAAAGGUGUUUGUGCCUGUCAAGCAAUAUCCAAAGUUUAAUUUCACCGGCAAGAUAUUGGGCCCCAAGGGCAACUCGUUGCGCCGCCUGCAGGAGGAGACGCAGUGCAAGAUCGCCAUUAAGGGGCGCAGCUCUAUUCGCGAUCGCAACAAGGAGGAACAGCUGCGGAAUUCCGGAGAUCCGCGCUAUUCCCAUCUACAGAAGGAUCUGUUUCUGGAGGUCAGCACUGUGGCUACCCCGGCCGAGUGCUAUGCCCGCAUUGCCUACGCCCUGGCCGAGAUCCGUAAGUAUCUAAUUCCAGACAAAAAUGACGAAGUGUCGCACGAACAGCUGCGCGAACUCAUGGAAAUGGAUCCCGAGUCAGCCAAAAGCAUCCAUGGACCGAAUCUUGAGGCUUACAGAUCUGUAUUCGAUAAGAAGUUUGGGGCUGGCAGCAGCAGUGCUCCAAAGUAUAUAAACCUCAUCAAGAGAGCCGCGGAAAAUCCGCCCGAAGCCGAAGAGGCAGAGGAGGCGGUCUACGCAUACGAGCAUCCACAUCGUAUGCCUCCCAAGCGUGGCCCACCCACCGGCUAUGAGUACAGCAAACCACGUCCAUCAAUAAUACCGACAAAUGCAGCGGCUUAUAAACGUCCACAGCCAUAUCCAACCGACAUGAAACGUAUGCGCGAACCGCCCAUCAAGUCCUAUAAACCCAAUACGUAUACCAUACUCAAAAAAUAUAAAUAAUAUCACAAAAUUCAACUCAAAUAAACCCGAGUUGAACUCAAGUCAAGUUGAUUCCACCUCUACUCCAUAAAUGAAUGAAAAAUUAAGGACAAUGUUUAUGUUUAUAAAACCUAAAUCCGAAAAGAAAUAUCAAUGAGAAAAGUCAAUUGCUUCUUGGCCUGACAAGAUGACAAGAUUAUGAUAUACGAUGAAUGAAUAAUA